AGAGGGGAGGAGGGGGUGUGGGGUCACCGCUCCGCACUACAUUAAGAGGUGCUUCCGGCCUCUAUCUCUCUCUCUUCCUCUGCAUCGGGACGCAGCCAUGGUCAACGUCCCGAAGACCCGCAGGACCUACUGCAAAAAGUGCAAGAAGCACCAGCCUCACAAAGUUACCCAGUACAAGAAGGGAAAGGAUUCCCUUUACGCACAGGGUAAGAGGAGAUACGACAGAAAGCAAUCCGGUUAUGGUGGACAGACCAAGCCCAUCUUCCGCAAAAAGGCCAAGACUACAAAGAAGAUUGUGUUGAGGCUUGAAUGCGUCGAGCCCAACUGCAGAUCCAAGAGGAUGCUCGCCAUCAAGAGAUGCAAGCACUUUGAGUUGGGUGGUGACAAGAAGAGAAAGGGCCAGGUCAUCCAGUUUUAAACGGUUGGCUCGUCUGCUGGAGGAAAUUGUCACUAUUUUCAAUAAAUGUAUGGAAACAUAA